CGCAAAUUCACAGGUUCUCAAUCGUUUAAUAUUUCAGUAUUGUUUACAAAUAUUAAAAUAGAAAAAAAUUUUCAAUAUACCCCUGUCUCAAAUACGUACUGGAUAUGAGUGCUAUACAGACAGAUGUAAACAAUAUCAGGUAACACCAGAGAAUUAGGCCUUCAAAUCGUUACACUUACAAAAUCUAAAUGCCGGGAUGUCUUCGCUUGCUAAAGCCCAGGUAGUGAGCUUUUCUUAUAUACGUAGCGUAUGGCAGCUUCUGCGCCACUAUAGCCCGCUGGCUCAGAGUCAUUUGGGCGGAUCUUAUAGCAAUGCGGUGGUGAUUGCGGCUGCUGUAAGAACACCUAGUGUGCCAUUCCGGGCAGAGGAGCAGCAGCUGGCGAGCAUGGUGGUGGACGAACUGGUGAAACGCACAAGUGUGCCACGCGGGGAAUACAAAAAACUGAUCGUCUGCUCCUCGCUCAAGACUCCGGCUCCAGAAUGCAAGGAGCGGCUGACCAGAGUGGCAAAGGACCUGGGCCUCACGUGCGAAACCCUCGCCAUACAGGACGACGUCUGCUCAAUCGGUGCGCUGCAAAUGACCCUGGACUGCCUUCAGCGCGUGGGAGACCAGUGCAUAAUCACGGGAGACUUGCGCUGCCAGGUCAUGCAGCCGACGCACGGCGUGCUGGCCAACGAACUGAUGGCUGUGCAGCAGCCACGGACUCGCAACCGGGUUGGACCAGAAUUGACCACUGCCCCUGAGCCGCCGCCUACGAUGGGCGCAGCAGCCCUCUCCUGGACCACUCUGCAGACGGCCCAACGUCUGAACUUACAACCGCUCGCCUUGCUGCGCGAGUUUGCCGUGGAACAGGACCACGAGCAGACAAUGUACCGUCUGAACGGAAGGCAACCCAUUACUCCCAGCGAGAUCUACACUUGGAACAUGGUCACGGGCACGCAGAAGGCAAUACCAGAAAGCAUACUUGGUGAUCUCCAGGCUAACCGGCUGUGCACGCACGACUUCAAGCAAAUCACAGCCAGCCACCUUCUCACACACCUGGUUCACUCCCUCCCCACUGGCGGACUGGGAUGCGCCUUUAUGGGCAUGCCGGAAGGCCGCUCCAUGAUCAUGGUUCUCGAAAAGCUGGUGCCCAGCAUUGAUCAGGAGCAGGGGUUGCCUCUGAUCACUCUGUAUACCAGGGAGCCGUGUCCCUUGUGCGAUGAGCUGGUGCACAGUCUAGAGGAGCGUUUUGCUGGCCGAUACCGCCUGGAGAAGGUUUACAUCGACCGCAAGGAAAACGUUCGUUUCCUGCGUCUCUUUAGGCAUGACAUUCCUGUUCUCUUCUUUAACGGACAGUUCCUGUGCAUGCACCGGUUGAAUGAAGAAGCGCUAAUUGAGCGACUGGAAGCACUUAACCGAUCGUAGUGCGAAUGCUGAACAUAUUAUUUAUGUACACUUCGUAUGUACAUACUGUUGCCUUGAUAAAGUAGUUUAUUUUUGUAAAGGCCUCGUAAA